GACCCAAAGAGCAAAUGGUUUCUUUCGAAAGAGCAAUAUGAAAAAAGGUACUUGCCACCGUUUUGUCAUGGAGCUUUUCACGUGCUUUCUACCGAUAUUCUUCCACGAUUUUUCAAUUAUACGAGAUUCGGUCGAAAGCCUUUUCAUGCUGAUGAUGCUUACUUAGGUGUCGUGGCUAAUGAAUUAGGAAUUGAAGCUACAAAGAUGCCUGGUUUUAACCUUCACUUUCGCAUCAAACCAAGAUCAGCUUGUGAUCUUAUAACUUCUACAACAAUGGGACACAAGAUAGAUGCUUCUACGAUGAUAAAAUACCACAAUUUUUAUACUAAAGAAAUGAAAUUAGCAAAGUAUAAAAAGCUUAAAUGCUUAGCAUCCAAUCCAGAACUCUUUUCUGUUGCUGCUUUCGUGAUUUUCAGUUUAUUUAUAGAAAGGCUUUUUAGAGUUAUAUUACUAAGUUGAAACUGUAAAGUAUAGUAAAACUGAUUACAAUGAAAUACACAAAGGAAACUAAACAAAGAGAUAAAAAGAAAAAUAGAACAACCAGACAAAUGAAAGCAAAACAGAGUGUACGUUUGUACGUACUUUAUUUCGGCUUCACAAGCUUUACUUACUCUGCAUCUUUCUUAAAAUGGUGUCUCAUAUUAAUAAUCGACAAUGUUUGAAGUUUUUAAAAUCGUUUAUUUAAUUAAGAUUGUUAUUUUUAAUUAAAUGGUAAUUCAACUGUUCCCAAUCACACCCAUUAGAACAAUCAUCGAUCACAACACUUACCACAGGGUACCCAAUUUAGAUGAAAGUGCUAGACAUAAAACAGACUGAAUUUAGUCAAACUGUU